CGGAACUGCCGCCGCCGGGAUCAGUCAUAGGCCGGUUACAGUGUGUACAUGUAGGUCCAUUGUCCAUUCCACCCACCAACUAAAUCGAAAUGACACCAUUAAUCAUCGUCAAGUUUAAUGGCUGCUCUAACUCAGCAGGAGCAAGUCCUAGGACUUUUUUCGAACAUCGACGAUCCAGAAGUCGCUUGCAAAUUCCUCCAUGCCUAUCUCGCUCCUGGAGCACUGAAGAUCCCAUUUGAACUCUGCACUAGAAUCUUGUUAACAGACCCUGCGCUUCACGAGACGGUGAAGGAGGCACAUAGAUUGCAGAAUUUAGAGGCGCUCGAUAAGAUUUGCGUAUAUAUACAACGAAACGCUUGGAGAUUUCAGCCUCACCUCGAGGACAUGAACCAACUACUUAUGGGAAUUUCUUCCAACGGGAAAAUAAAUAUGGUAGCAAAUGGUGAAUGGAGACGACCCUUUUGGACACCGCCCAAGAGUUUGAGCGAUGACAGUCAUGCAGAAUCAGAGACCACUGCUUACAUUGAAAGCCUACAUAUCCCGCUAGGAAAUCCCAAUAAAGAAAUACCUUUGAUCAUUCUCCAUGAGCUGGGCAGUUUCCAAUAUAAUGUCAAACUCAGAAACAGAUUAGACCGAAUUUUUUCGCCUUCCAGCCACACGUUUCUUGUAAACACAUCGGGUACAGGAAAAACGAAGCUUCUUUUCGAAGGAUUGUGCAUGCACUGGGGAUUCUAUAUGACGUGUGCUAUCGAUUCUUUCAAUCUGGGAGCAGCCGAUUUCCCUUUGGCCGUGAGCAACCUGAAUCGAAACUCUACUUGGACCGCCUACCUACCAUCCACUUCUUCCGCCAAUCACGUAUCAUUAUUACAAACUAAUAUUCGUCUAGUCUACCGUGCGGUCAGCGAAGUCCUCCUGACUCGGUUGCUCAUCUUCAGGAUGUACCUAGAAGCAUGUGCAAAGGAAGGAUUUUGUCUCCAACAGCGACAGCGCUGGUUGGAAUUACAAAUUUUCCCAAAGAAUACCAUAUCUUCGUCCGACGCAUUUGGAAUGCUCAAAUACAAAAUAACCAGAGCUGGUCUAAGUGACGAUGAUCUUGACAAAGCCAUCAGGCACUCUUGGGACGAAAUACAGAGUUUCUGGGACUCGCCGGAAAUGUCAACUGUCGGUGACUUCCUUUACAUCGCACUGGAUGAAGCCAAUGUAGCGUCGCGAAAAUACGAUGAGGCGUUUGAAGACCAUCAUGGCCGUUAUCCAAUCCUAAAAGAGUUAAUACGUGGCCUGCGGCGGCAGUUAGGUCACUUACCUAUCCGAUUCGUUGUCGCUGGGACUAUAAUUCCUGAAAAUCAUUUUCAAUCACUGGUAGGCGAGUGGGAUGAUUUUCGCUGGUGUUCAGAUACUGGAUCUUUCAAUGAUCCGGAGGACCACCGACGAUAUGUUUCCCAAUUCAUGCCUGUUACAUUUGCUAGUUCAGUGACAGGACAAGCCUUGAUAAACCGUAUGUGGUAUUGGUUGCGUGGAAGGCAUCGUUACACGGCGUCGUUCCUUGCCGUUUUGUUUCAUAGCAAUUUCACCAGUCCUCAUACGUUACUGGGUAAUUAUAUCAGAAACUUCACUGAAUAUGCGCCUCAUGACAAUGAGGAGUAUUCAAGAGGUGAAGAGGCUCGCUACAAUAAUUGGUAUUCACCGCUUGGUUCCAAGGGUCUUCUUGAACGGUCACUUAGCACGGCCGAAAUGCAUCGUGCAGUCAUUGCUUUUUUGACUACUGCAAGAGGAAUCAUUAAUUGCUCGACAAAAGACCGAAUUUUGAUCACUGAAGAUUACGGAUAUUUUAUGGACCCCGAAUGUUCCCAAAUCGCCUUGGACGAGCCUUUGACAGUGACCUAUGGCGCAGAUUGGCUCAAAAAGAAUUCGUACUUUUCUAUCAGAAAGUUCAUCAGCUUUUUUUGCAACCAUAAACGCGACGAUAUUGAAGAAGUGACUCCAAGUCAUUACGCCCUAUAUCUGGCGUUGACUUUUGUAUCUACUCUGGACCAUCUGUGCGAUACCUCGGAUGUUUUCACAGUUAUCGGAUUACCUCCUACAUCAUUACCUCAAGUGAAACUUGUCACUUUCACAAGGACGACUCGUCGACUAAAGGCAGUAGAUGUGCACCCUUGGGGGGAAGAGACCUAUAAUAGAUUAGUUCUCAUGGCAAGUUCUCAAGAGGAAAUGCUCUCCUGGUUCAAGCACGAGCGUGACGAACUGUUUUGUGUUCUGCAGCAUCCUAGGAGCAUUGGACUGAUAUUAGUAUUUUGUCUGCAACUUGCAGAUGCUCGGUGUUUCUGGGUUUUCGUACGCAUUUCGUCAAUAUAUACGAAUAAAGAGGACCCGAAUAUCAUACAACAUAUCAAAGAUCUGCAUCCUAAUGAAAUCUUUCAUGAUCAGCCCGGAAUCCUUUCCCUUCUCAGCGAGCUACCGAAUCUUUGCCUUGAUGUAGGACCCUUUGGGGUGCUACGCGUUUCAGGAUCUUGCUGGCCCGAAAAAGUCAUGAAAGACAGUAUCCCUCAGGAGCUAUUUCCCACUGGUCUAUUGAAUAUUGAAGGGCUAGAUGAGGCAGACAAGAGAGUCUCUCAUGACAUGCUAAUGCGCCGUCUUUCUCAAAUAAUUGCGCAAAAGAUUAAGAAUGACCCGCAAGUUGUGUCUCCAGGGAUGGUAGAUGAGGAAGAUUCCCACCAGAAAGGUAAGAGGCAACGUGGCAGAUCCUUGACGGUAGUCGACGAUACCGGCGUAGCUCCUUCUGGUAAUCUUAGUGGUACCCGCAAAACCAAGAGCUUCAGACUUGAUAAGGAGGAUGAUAUUGCAGGUCCUAGUACUUCUGGGAAUCGAAGAACCAAGGGUCCCAAAUCCACCAAUGUCAACUCUGUUACACUUGGUUCUAGUGCCCGAACUGGGAAGCAUAAAGGUAUCGGUAGACCUGUCCGAUUCCGCCGCGGUCAAAGCAGGAUUGGAGACAUUGCUACAGGACGCGCUUCAGCCGGAUUAACUCGGCCAGACGAUUCCAAUUCUUCUUCUUCAUUACCCUUGACUCUUCCAUACAAUCUGCGCAAGCGAUGAAACAUUGUAUAUGUAUCUUAUUCAACUCAAAUUAUACUGUCGUGAUGCCUUCUACAGUAAAAGCGUUUUCGUUGUGCUUUUUUACAGCAAUCAUCGUGAAUGAAUGUGAUCGACUUGUUGCUGCCGCGGCUUGCAGGAGAAUAUCUUUAAUGAUAGCUCCCCUUCAUCGUCGAAUACCCUAUUUGUUGACACCUCCGUCAUACCAGCAGACACCAAACACAUUAACCCAAUGUUAGGAUCGUUCACGGAGAGAACGAGGCGGUGGCAAUGGCAGUACUAGUUGAUGCAACACAGUAAUAAAUAUUCAUCUUAGUGCAUACGUAGCCCGGAGCGAAAUUGACAUCUACCAAGUAUCCUCGCCACUUUCUGAAGCAGUACGUGGGGGGAUAUACAUAUACGAGCAAAAUCCUAG